AUGAGCUCCCCUCAACCCGAAUUCAAGAACCCGGCUACUUCCACUCUUUGGGAGUUGGUCAAGGCUCGCCGCACCUAUUACGACCUCAAGGGCGAGAGCCCCGUCUCCGACGAUGUCAUUGAACGCAUCGUUCAGGACUCCAUCCUCCACGUUCCUAGCUCCUUCAACACCCAGACCUCCCGUGUUGUCCUCCUGCUGAAGGAGGAACACCAGAAGGUGUGGGAUAUUGCCAUUAAGAUCAUGGAGGGUCUGGUCGCUGCUGGCCACGUUCCCAAGGAGAUGUUCGAGAAUUCCACCAAGCCCAAGCUGAAUGCUUUCCGUGCUGCCUAUGGAACCAUCCUUUUCUACGUCGACUACGAGUCGCUCGCUACUAUCAAGGAGAAGUUCGCUAUCUACGCCGACAAGUUCGACCCCUUCGCCCUGGAGUCCAAUGCUAUGUCCCAGUACCUUGUCUGGACUGCCCUUGAGUCCGAGGGCUUCGGCGCCAACCUUCAGCACUACAGCCCCCUGAUCGACGAUGAGGUUGCCAAGACCUGGAAUAUCCCCGCCUCAUGGAAGUUGGACGCCCAGCUGGUCUUCGGUCUCCCCAACUCGGAGCCCGGCGAGAAGGCCUUUGCUCCUCUUGAGGGUCGCUACAAGGUCUUCGGCAAAUAA